AUAUCAUCCAUAUAUUUCAGUCAAAUUAAUCAUUAUUAAUCCUAAAUAUAUAGAGCAGCUUUUCAUUCCCAUAUAUGGAUUCCAAAAGUGAAGUGGUUACCAUCAUACGAUCUUAUGAAGAUUUCAUGCCUUAUUGCAAGCUCCAAAAAGAAGAACUACGUGACACUUACCAGAUUCCUCUCCAUGGUUUCAAGAUCGAACAAUUCAAGGUCUGUGUUAACGACAAGAAAGGAACGAUAAAGAUUGAAGGCGAACGUCCUGUGGAUGGAAAUAGAUGGAGCCGCUUCCGCCAAAGUUUCAAAGCUUCUCCUGAUGUUUAUAGAGUCAAGGAUAUUUCUGCAAGGUUUCAGAAUGGUGUUCUUUCUCUAAUAUUACCAAAAACCAAACCUUCAAAUGAUCACACAUCUAAUCGAUUUCCGUUUGCGAACACGAGUUUGCUUCUGAGGAUUGCACCAGCUCUUGUUGUGAUGGUCGCUGUUGGAGGUUAUGGAAUCUUCAAAUAUUUCACAUCGCAUGUUAUAGGGAGCUGACUCUUGUAUUGUACGUAUGCAUGGAUUUAACUUGUACAUAUACUACUAGUUAAUUACUAGUUACAAAGGCCCGCGCGAUGCUGCGGGUCUUUUAGCUGUGAUAAUAAUUGGUGUAUUGUUGCAAUAAAACCGAAUGAGAAAACAAAGAAGAAUA